AUGACGGUCUCAUCCUCAAAAUGCAUACGCGAUCUUCUCCACGUGAGCAACUAUGAUGUGCCAAACGAUCUACUUAGCGUCUCCCUCCUCGCUCUUACCCAGCAAGAAAAUGCGCCCGCCUCCAACCGCCGCUCAGCGUCCAUCGCAUCUCUCAACGAGCAGUGGAAUGGCCCCGACUGGCUUCCACCUGAUAUACGCGUUGGCAUUGUAUUCGUCAACCUGACCCAUCCGCCUGACGGAGUCGUUUGCUUCCUUCACAAGAUCACCGACAUCCUGCUCGAGCAGCUUGUCCCCUUGCAGUCAGUCUAGCAACCUGGCGGUGUUUUGCGUGUCACUGUUGAGCAGGUCCUUGAGCUCAAAAUGAAGAACCAUUUGGUCUCCUUUGGGCCUCCUCAGCUUCUUCUGACGGUUGCUCUCGCGAGGGCGGUGUUGAUAUGAUUGAGAGCUCAACCCCUACAAGCUGUAUCUGCAUCCCGAGAGUGGUCAAGAUCCCCGGUCCGCUCGGCCUUCCUGUUAACGACACCGAAGUCUCUGACUUGCCUGCCGCCUCAAUCGAGGUUGAUUGCG